AUGUGGCCCGUCGUCGUGGCCCACUCGCGCAUGCAGGGUAUCGGCGCUAUCGGUGCGCAGACCCCGUCCGACCACCAGCACCACGGCAGCGAUGCCUGGCAGAACUGGGCCAAGGAUGAGGAGCGCCGCCGCGCAGCGUACUGCAUCCUGUACCUCGACACGCAGAUCGGUACCUUCUGGUCGCAGCACCCGUCCCGCCAGCUGUCGAUUUUCGCACACAACAUCAACCUCCCCGCGCCGCGUAGCCAGUGGGAGGCGAUGAGCGCGACCGAAUGGUUGCGCGCGCGCGAGGCGGACCCGAACUCGCGCCACGCCCGGCACCACUACUCGCUGACGCACGGCGAGUUCAACCACCACCAGGGUGCGCACCAUCAGCCCGGAGACGGCGGCUACUCGCCUGCGAUCCUGCAAGCCUUGUCUGUGGACAACACGCAGGGCGGGCAGCAGGCGUUCAAGGUCGACGUGGACAACUCGUUCAGCGUCAUGCUUAUCCUCGUCGGUCUCAGCGCCAUCGCAUGGGAUUCGCGUACCCGUGGAGGCAUGGGUAUCAAGUUCCGCGACGGCACGAAGCACUGGCGCAACAUCAUCCUGAAGGCGGUUGUUGCGCUUCGGGCGAGCUAUGAGAUGGCGAUCAACGGUCUCCCGCCAUGCAACGAGACACGCGACAUCCGCGACUGGAUCGCCAUCAGCAUCAUCCAGAUUCUCUCCGACCUGCCCAUGCUGCAGGUUGCCGCGGGCAGCUCGACAGUAUGCGGCACGGCGAUCGGCCCGAAGCAGUACGCGGACGCACGCCGCCGCCUCAAGCUCUGGGUUGCUACGGGUGACGCUUGGACGUGUCUGUGGCAGUCGGCGCGCUUCCUCCGAGAGACUCUCCAUGCCGAGUGGGGACUGUACACGCCGUGGGCGGUCUUCCUCACGACGCUCGUGGUCUGGGGAUGCGGCCAGGCGAUCGCGCGCGAGGACGAAGAACUCCCCCCGCCGAGCGAGAACCCUGAACAGGGUGCGCGCGAAAUGCUCGAGACGAUCUUCAACUCGCCCAACCGCGUGAACAAGCUCGACCGCGGUGUGCUCGAUCUCGUCGUCGUUGCUGCCUCGCGACUCGAGAACAACGGCUCCCAGCACACGAUUGACAACGAUUGUGCACAGCUCCUCUGGCGUCUCGCCAAGGUCACGCGAUAG